GACGAUUGAGUUCCCAGUCCCGCACCUCGGGGGCCCCGCUGCUUCCGCCAGUCCCUGGGGCGUCCCAGGGAAGCCUGGACGCCUUGCCUUGGGCUCUGAGCAGCUGGUAAAUUCCUCUUCUCAUCCUGCCAAUACCCCGGCUGGUGUGGCGACAAUGCAAUUGGCUCCUUUCCCUACUUGGGGCGAAAGCUGUGAUCCCUAGGAUGGCGCAGCCACUCGGUCCCCAAGGCUCCCGAAAGGGUGCAAUGACAGCGUCAGACUGGCUGAAAAACGGGGAGAACCUGGCUCCAGCCGGGAUGGGGGACCCCCGCCUUCCCCUUGAUCAGACCCUCUGGGCAUCGCAGCCCACACUCCUGGCAGAUGAAACCAAGAUGCUGGAAGGAGGCCAGAGACAAGAGGGCACAGAGAGGUUUAGCUGCCAUCGGGGAUCACACAGCCAGCCAGGGCUGAGAUGGCAAUCCACCCUGGUCCUGCUGAUCACCGCCUCUUGGGACUUCUGUGCUCCCUCAGACCCCGCCUCUUCUGGAAUCUUCUGCUCCUGCUGUGGACCCUCCUGAGCUGUGAUUUGAGGGGUACUGCUCAGGGUCCCGGGGAAUGGACGCCCUGGGGGUCUUGGAGCAGGUGUUCCAGCUCUUGUGGCCAGGGCAUCUCGGUGCGCAGCCGCCGUUGUGUCCGACUUCCUGGGGAGGAACCUUGCUGGGGUGACAGCCAUGAAUACCGGGUGUGCCAGCUGCCGGACUGCCCGCCAGGGGCCAAACCCUUCAGAGAUCUGCAAUGUGCUCUCUACAAUGGCCAUCCCGUCCUGGGCACCCAGAAGACCUACCAGUGGGUGCCCUUCCACGGGGCACCCAACCUGUGUGACCUCAACUGCCUGGCUGAGGGCCAUGCCUUCUAUCAUAGCUUCGGCCGCGUGCUGGAUGGCACCCCUUGCACCCCGGGGGCCGAGGGCCUCUGCAUAGCGGGCCUUUGUCUGAGCGCCGGCUGUGACGGGCUACUGGGCUCCGGCGCCGUCGAGGACCGCUGCGGCCUUUGCGGUGGCGCCAACGACUCGUGCCUCUUCGUGCAGCGCGUGUUUCGCGACGCGGGUGCCUUCGCCGGCUACUGGAACGUGACUCUGAUACCCGAGGGCGCCAGGCACAUCCGCGUAGCCCAGAGCAGCCACAACUACCUGGCGUUAGUUGCUCGAGAUGGCCGCUACGUGAUCAACGGCGACGGGGUGCUCAGCCCACCCGGCACCUACGAGGCCGCGGGUACCCGCGUGGUCUACACCCGCGGCGUGGGCACCGAAGAGACCCUGCAGGCGUCCGGACCCACCUCCCAGGAGCUGUUGUUGCAGGUGCUGCUGCGGGAGCCCAACCCCGGAGUGCACUUCGAGUUCUGGCUGCCCCGGGAGCGCUAUGGUCCCUUCCAGGCUCAGGCGCAGGCCCUGGGCUGGCCCCUGCGACAGCCUCAGCUCCGGGAGGUGGAGCCUCAACCUGCCGAGAUUCCUGUGGUCCCCGAGGCCACCCCUGCCCGCGUUGCAUCCCUGGCACCAGACCCCUGCGGGCCUUGCCCUAACAGCCGGGGUCGAGCACACCGGCUUCUCCACUACUGCGGCAGCGACUUUGUAUUCCAGGCCCGCGUGCUGGGCCGCCACCGCCAGGCCCAAGAGACCCGCUAUGAGGUGCGUAUUCUGCUCAUCUACAAAAACCGCUCGCCGCUGCGCACUCGAGAGUAUGUGUGGGCGCCAGGCCACUGUCCUUGCCCAUCACUGGCUCCCCAUCGAGAGUACCUGUUGGCUGCCAGGCGACUGGUCAGCCCUGAUGGCACACAGGACCGGCUACUGCUGCCCCACUCUGGCUAUGCUCGGCUCUGGAGUCCUGCAGAGGAGAGCCGAGUUCGCCUGGCUGCCCGGCGCUGUCCAGUAUAAACCCCCCCGAGGUCGGAGCCUCACCAGGUGUCCCUGCGACUCAGUGACUCAGGAAAAUCUCCCGACAGGAUUAUUUCGAGACAGGUUCUCACUGUGUAUAUAACCUUGGCUGCAUAGACCAGGCCGGCCUCGAACUCACAGAGGUCCACCUGCCUCUGCCUCCCCAGUGCUAGGAUUAAAGGCCUGCCUGCGUCAUAUCUAAGAACUUU